UUUAUUGUCUUCCUUCCAUGUCAUUUGCGCUAAAUGCAUUGACUUCAGCCUCUAAAUCCCAACUUUCUCUCUUUUCCAACCGAUCGGCACUAUGGUUGUUGUCCAAUCCUCAUGUUGAUCGAACCCAGAAACAUCGUCCGUCCACUUCCGCAUACAAAUGGAGCAGAAAUGCUGUCAUAGAACGGCCAGAGCUACAUCUUUCCUUGGACGAUCAUAUUGGAAUUGUCAGAUACUUCGAAGAGAAUGUAGAGCAUUGGUCAAAACAAAAGGUUCUACAUUCUCGUCUAGAAUCAUUUGGAAUACCCACAGAAAGCAUACACCCUCUUCUUCAACUCUUUGUUUCCGAAGUUCUGUCUGGAAAUCUUUCCAACAACGACUCAUACGACAAGUAUACACUUGACCGUUUCGCCCGUUCGACGCCUGAAGACCUGCCUCAAACAUAUGCAGAUAUCGUUUACACAGGUAUACUUUAUGCCUGGGCCACAGAUCCCGCUAGCCGGGACGCAGUAGAAAGAACCAUCGGACCCGCUACGUUACUUUCCAUACAACGGCUCUUCCACGCUGCGCGCUUGGAACAUCCCGCGGAUGACUUUCUCGAAGCCCGGCGGACUCGUCGAAAAAUCAUUAUGCAUGUCGGUCCCACGAACAGCGGCAAAACACACCACGCCUUGCGUGCUUUAGCUGCUGCCCCGACUGGUGUAUAUGCCGGUCCAUUGCGUCUGCUAGCUCAUGAGAUCUGGGAAAGGUUGAAUUUAGGCCAGAUUGUUCCUGCGGGUGUAGAGGAAGACGUGAUGCCCGCGUCACUCCCUAUUGACUCUGCACUAGAUGUCGAUGUAACAGCUGCAGACACUACUCCUGCCGUCCUAAGUCAAGGAAACUCUAAGUUUGCCCGAGCAUGCAAUAUGAUUACCGGAGAGGAGCACAAGAUUGUUGACCCUGAAGCCGCUUUGGAAAGCGCAACCGUAGAGAUGUUGUCUAUGACGAAAAAGUAUGAUCUGGCCGUGAUAGACGAAAUUCAGAUGAUCGCAGACGUCGGUCGUGGGUAUGCUUGGACGUCCGCUGUAUUAGGUAUCAAUGCCAAAGAGGUCCAUCUUUGUGGAGAGGAGACUGCUGUUCCGAUUGUUCAAGCUCUUCUUGCAGAGACGCACGAUGAGCUUGAGGUCCGUCGCUACAAGCGUCUGACGCCGCUCCAGAUUGACAAGAGUCUUGAUAAGGACCUUUCAAAGGUACAGAAGGGUGAUUGUGUCGUUGCUUUCUCCAGAAGCAGCAUCUUUUGGCUGAAGAACUCAAUCGAAAAAGCUACCGGUAUGAAAUGUGCGGUCGUUUAUGGAAAACUUCCUCCAGAAAUUCGCAGUGGACAGGCUGAUUUGUUCAAUGAUCCAAACAGUGGUUACGACGUUAUCGUCGGAAGUGAUGCUAUCGGAAUGGGUCUGAACUUAAAGAUACGACGGAUUGUCUUUGAAGCUGUCAGCAAAUUCGAUGGCGAAGUACUUCGACCGCUCUCCAUAUCCCAAACAAAACAAAUUGCCGGUAGGGCAGGUCGUUACGGGAUGCUGCAAGAACAAUGCGGGCUAACAACUACCUUCCUCCCCGAGGACCUCCCUUUCGUGGAACAGGCUCUCGCCAAACCUUUCGCGCCUCUUCCCGCUGCUAUAUUAGGUCCAAGCUACAAUAGUUGUCGUGACAUCGCACGUGCUCUUCCUCCCUCAGCAAGCUUGAGAACCAUAUAUGACGCCCACGUAUACGUAGCCAAAACAAAACCUCACUACCGAUAUUCAUCUUCCAACAUCGAUAAAGCCGCUGAUACCGUCGACGAAUAUUCGGACCAGCUAAGUCUCGAAGACAGGAUAACGUUCCUAUUAGCUCCAGUUCCAUGGCGAGAACCGGAUUGUGUGGAAGUCUUGUACAAACUUUUGAAAAACUAUGCUGAAGAUCUGUCUGUUGGGGUAACCGAUUUAUUCCAAGGCACACAGUUUUUAGAGACCUUGCUAAUUGUCGAGAAAAAAAUGUCGACUCUACCUCUUCCGAAAUCCGAUACUAAGACGUUGUCCAUACUAGAACUCUUCCACAAACUGCUUGGGCUUUAUGCCUGGUUGGCAUUCCGAAAUCCUGUAGCUUAUUACGAACCGGAACUGGUCGAAGAAUGGAAGCCGAGAGUCGAACGGGCACUACAUUGGGCUUUACAGGGUGUCACGAGGCAUUCGAAAGGGACUCGGAAGACUGUUGAGAGUCCGUUGCCUGUGGCAGCAGUGGCGCGCAAAGUGGAGUUUAGGACAGCGGGGGAUCUGAGGAAGCAGAGGAAGGCAGAGGCUUUGUCGAACAAAAAGACAUGGGCAAACUCGGGCCCCGUUCAUGCCUAAAGU